AUGUUGUCGGUAACUUAUCUAGCCUUUGCCGUAGUAUGCGUCCUACUGCCUUGUGUGAUCAUCCUACUUUUCCGCAGUUUCCGGCGCGAUGUCCUCCUACCACCCGGCCCGACACCUUUACCCAUCAUCGGAAAUGCAUUGGUACUCGCCCCUACUGACAAACUAGAAGUGUACAAGCGGCUACGUGCAGAGUUUGGAGACAUUGUCUGCCUGACAUUUGGAACCACAAAAUGCGUCAUCUUCAGCGGCUAUGACCUUAUCCGCGAGGUGUUUGUCAAGAAAGGAGAUGCGACUACCAAUAGACCCCCUCAGAGCUUCUUCAUCAAGUCCAUACAGAAGGGAUAUGGCGUUGGUGGGAGCUCUGGUCAGUUGUGGAAGGAACAUAGGACAUUUAUAUUGAAUUUCCUCCGGAAGUCAUUUCGCAGGGAUCGUCUCGAAGGCCUGAUAGAAAACGAAGUCACCCACUACAUCAAGCGCAUUCAUGACGAAAACGAGAAGCCAAUGGUACUUCGCAGGAUUAUAGGAACAAGUCUUACAAAUAUCACACUGACUUUGGGUAUGAGCAAGCGUUUUCAGCACGAUGACGCUCGACUGUUACAACUUUUGAAAGCCAUCGAUGAUAUAAUGCUAUACUCAGGUUUUUCGGAAGCCCUUUGUUUCUUUCCAGCACUUAAAAUAUCUCCCUGGUGA